AUGUCUAACGAGUGGAAAGAAUAUGUGAGUGAUCCGAGAACAAUUUGCAAAUAUGGAGCAAAAUGUUAUCAGAAAAACCCAGAUCAUCACAAGUCAUAUAAACACCCCCCAAAUUUGAAAGCCAAAGGCAAGGAUCGCCAAAGAACACGGUUUACACCAUACGAUAAAAAACCUUUCAAGGCAGAUUCAGAAGAUGUCAAGCCACAAUCUCAAGACGCUAUUCUGGACUCCGUUACCAAUGAUGAUACAUGUGCGGAAAAGCUUUCAGAUUCGACACCUUCACCUAAUAAUUCUAAGGAAGCUAAUAGACUCAUCGAAGACAAUCAUGAUAAUUACUACGGCAAGGAGACAAAUAAUAACAUAUAUAAAGAGUGUUUUCAAGUAGAAAUGCCAGAUGACUUCUUCAAAUUUUAUGAAUGUCUUAAUGAAGAGUCAUCAUCCAUUGAACACUUAAUGGCUAGUGUCAACUUAGAAAUGAUUGGACCAUUUGAUUUAUUACUUGGAAAAUUACCAAAACUAGACAACAAGGAUCUAUAUUUAGUUCAUUGGAGGUUUUUUUAUGAUGUUCCAGAAUUUCAGGCUGUUUUGAAGAAAAAAGGCAAAAGUGAAUUGCAUAUAGGAUACUUUAGAGAUAAUCCUAAUGACAAACCUGUUUUUUUAGCCAAAAAUGAUAGCUCUAAGGAUUGUAUUAUUACCCCUGUUGCAGAAAAUAUUUUUGCUGCAGUAUACUGGUUUUUGCAAAAUGAGAAGUCAUCAUCUCCAUUCAUGUCUAUCGCUUGUCAGAAGCUGUCUGAGAAAGUUAAAAAAUGGGGCGAAAGCAACGGCUACAAAGUGGAAGAAUAUGAAAAAAAGAGUAGAAUCAAGAUCCAAAUAUGCAAGACAUUUCAUGGAGCCGGUAUAGUUGUGCCUUAUAAUAAGAAAACUCAGAUCGGCUAUAGGAAAUUGGUUGAAUCAAAUGCCAACAUUAAAAAAAUGUUUCAAAAACUAGAAGAGGCAUCCGGAGAGGCAGAGAAAAGUAAAGUGUUGUCAGAAAUUCAACCUCUGAUAACUUACUCUAGUAUAGCGUUAGAUGAAUGUGAUUUUGGAACCGGCCUGGAGGCAGGGAUGGCCCUUUUUUGUUCUGGAAUACAAGAACUGCAAUCAAGUGCAACAAGCUUAUUGUCGUCUUCAUACACUUUACUCAAAAGAGAAGAAUUUGCAAAAAUAAUACAGGUUCAUAUGAAGCACCGACGAAAGGGCCCCGAUGUUGCAUUGUGGGGAAAUAAAAUACAAUAA